CUCUCCAACAAUGGAGGCGGAAGAAUUGACUCGCGACGUACUGGGAAUCAAAAACCUCACCCCUCACAAGGAUGACAUGUGGGCGACCUUUGAAGUGAUUGAAAAUGGAGAACUAGAACGUCCCUUGCAUUGCACCGAGAACAUCCUAGAACAGAUCCUUCACUGGAGUUCCUUGGCCUGUCCUAGCAACGCCUCUCUUAUAAUAAAGAAAUUUCCAACCAUAGGGCUUAUGAGUGAAGGUUCCAAACAUUCUGUGAACCCAUCUUCACCCAAGAUUAAUUUAG